CAACAGAAGAACCUUGAAGGAUAUGUGGGGUUUGCAAACCUGCCAAAUCAAGUUUACAGGAAGUCUGUGAAGAGAGGCUUUGAGUUCACACUUAUGGUAGUAGGUGAAUCUGGACUGGGAAAAUCAACAUUAAUCAACUCAUUAUUCCUAACAGAACUGUAUUCCCCAGAGUAUCCAGGUCCUUCUCACAGAAUCAAAAAGACUGUACAGGUCGAGCAGUCCAAGGUUUUAAUCAAGGAGGGAGGAGUUCAGUUACUACUCACAAUAGUUGACACACCAGGAUUUGGAGAUGCUGUGGAUAAUAGCAAUUGCUGGCAGCCAGUUAUUGACUACAUUGACAGUAAAUUUGAGGACUACCUGAAUGCAGAGUCUCGAGUGAACAGACGGCAGAUGCCAGACAACAGAGUGCAGUGUUGUUUGUACUUCAUUGCUCCUUCAGGACAUGGGCUGAAGCCUUUGGACAUUGAGUUUAUGAAACGCCUGCACGAAAAGGUGAACAUCAUUCCCCUCAUUGCCAAAGCAGACACACUUACACCUGAGGAGUGCCAGCAGUUCAAAAAACAGAUAAUGAAAGAAAUCCAAGAACACAAAAUCAAAAUCUAUGAAUUCCCAGAAACAGAUGAUGAAGAAGAAAAUAAGCUUGUGAAAAAGAUAAAGGACCGUUUGCCUCUGGCUGUGGUGGGGAGCAACACGAUCAUCGAAGUCAAUGGCAAGAGGGUGAGAGGAAGGCAGUACCCAUGGGGUGUUGCAGAAGUUGAAAAUGGUGAACACUGUGACUUCACAAUCCUGAGGAACAUGUUGAUAAGAACUCACAUGCAGGACCUGAAGGACGUCACUAACAAUGUCCAUUAUGAGAACUACAGGAGCAGGAAGCUGGCAGCUGUUACGUACAACGGUGUCGACAACAACAAAAACAAAGGGCAGCUAACAAAAUUUGACACAGUUGAAGGCAUGAGCCCACUGGCACAAAUGGAGGAAGAGAGAAGGGAGCACGUAGCCAAAAUGAAGAAAAUGGAGAUGGAAAUGGAGCAGGUGUUUGAGAUGAAAGUCAAAGAGAAGGUGCAGAAACUGAAGGACUCCGAAGCUGAGCUGCAGCGACGCCACGAGCAGAUGAAGAAGAACUUGGAGGCGCAGCACAAAGAGCUGGAGGAAAAGCGUCGCCAGUUCGAGGAUGAGAAGGCAAACUGGGAGGCUCAGCAACGUAUCUUGGAACAACAGAACACUUCCAGAACCUUGGAAAAGAACAAGAAGAAAGGGAAGAUAUUUUAAAUGCAUCAUUUUAACCACCAGUUCUGUAUUAGUUGCCAAUAUGCCAACCUGGGCCUCAGUGUUUGUCAGAUCCCUUUUGUUUUGUUUUGACCAAUUUUGCACCAGUUGUUUCCAUAGUAAAUGGAUUUAACAGCAUGACAAAGUUAUUUCAUUUCCUCCUUCUUUUUGUUUCUUUGGAGGGUUUUUGUUUUGGGUCCAUGGAGAAUGAGAUGCCUUGAAUUGUCUAUAGGGUGUUGUGUACUUGGGUAAAAAUAACAGCUCUGAGUACCUUUUCCUUUUGGUUUGUUAUUACUGUUUUGGUUUGUUUUUUUUAGGAGAACUUUGUCAUUUUAAUGCAGAAAGCAAACAUUUUACUGUUGUACAAUCAUGUUCUGGUGGUUUGGUUUGAAAAAACACAGACACACAAAGGAAAAAGGACUCCUGAUGGGUUUUCUAGUGAGGAUAAAUUGCCAUAAUAUGAUGCAACCAAUGCUUCUCUAUAUUAUUAUUAUUAUUAUUGUUAUAAUUAUUAUAAUCCAAGAAUUCCAUUCAGUGCAAGCAUAUACAAUAAUGUAAUUUAGUCUAACACAGUUGACCUUAUUCUUUGGGGCUUGGUUUAUUUUUGAAGGGGGGGGUUGUUAUAUUUUGGGGGUUUGUGACAUUUCCAUUGUUUAAAAGUACACAUGGGAGAAAAAAAAAUAGAAAAGAAAAAAGAGAUGGUAAAAAAAAAAAGAAAAUGAAAAGAAAUAGGAAAAAAAAAAGAAAGAGAAAAAGAAAAAGAAAGAGAAAAAGAAAGAGAAAAAAGAAAUACAAAAAGAGAAAAAAAGAAAUAAAAAAAGAAAUGGAAAAAAGAAAUACAAAAAGAUGGAAAAAAGGAAUACAAAAAGAGAUGGAAAAAAGAAAUACAAAAAGAAAUGAAAAAAAAAGAAAGAGAAAAAGAAAUGGAAAAAAAGAAAGAGAAAAAAGAAUUAGGGAAAAAAGAAAUACAAAAAAAAAUGAAAAAAAAGAAAGAAAAAGAAAUGGAAAAAAAGAAAGAGAAAAAGAAAUGGAAAAAAAGAAAGAGAAAAAAGAAUUAGGGAAAAAAGAAAUACAAAAAGAAAUAGAAAUCAAAGAAGAAAUAGGGAAAAAAGAAAUUAAAAGAAGAAAUAAAAAAGAAAUAGGGAAAAAAUAAAUAGAAAUCAAAGAAGAAAUAGGGAAAAAAGAAAUUAAAAAAAGAAAUAGAAAACAAAGAAGAAAUAGGGGAAAAGAAAUACAAAAAGAAGUAGAAAAAAGAAAUCAGAAAAAAAUAAACAGAAAAAAAAUACAGAAAGAAAGAGAAGAAAUCAGAAAAUAAAUAGGAAAAAAAUGAAUAGAAAAAAGAAAUCAGAAAAUAAAUCAAAAAAGAAAUAGGAAAAAAAGAAAUACAAAAAGAAAGGGAAAAAAGAAGUACAAAAGAAAGAGGAAAAAGAGAAAAAAGAAAUCAGAAAAGAAAUCAAAAAAGAGAUAAAAAAAAACACAGAAAGAAAGAAAAAAAUGAAUCAAAAAAGAAACAGGAAAAAAAGAAACACAAAAAGAAAGAGGGAAAAAACACCCAAAAAAAUAAAUAGGAAAAAAAAAAUGAAAUAGAAGAAAGAAAUCAGAAAAGAAAUCAAGAAAUAGGAAAAAAAAAAGAAAUACAAAAAGGAAGAGAAAAAAGAAAUACAAAAAGAAAGAAAAAAGAAAGAGGAAAAAAAAAGAAAUCAACAAAGAAAUCAAAAAAAUAAAUAGAAAAAAAAUACAAAUAGAGAAAAAACAAAUCAAAAGAAAAGAAACAGAAAUGAAAAGAAAUGCAGAAAGAACCAACCCAAAAAAACCAACCCAGUGCACCUAAGCUUUUUAUAACAACCCUUUUAUGGUUUUGGGAGGGAGGGGGGGGUGAGGGUUUUUUGGUUCUUUCUGUGCUACUCUCAUUUAGUAACUUCUGUAGCCAGGAGGAUCUCAUUACUGCUUUGUUUUCUCUUCGGUUUGGUUCUGUUUUUUGUUGUUGGUUUUUUUUUUGUAAUAACAUUUAAUUUAGCUUUUUCCCCUCCCACCUCCUCCCCCUCCCCGAUAUAUUGACCCUCCUAAAUAGAAUAGAGCUUCUUUCCUAUGGUAGCAACCCAGUGAGUAAAACCUUUUCUUUUUGGCCUUUUAAACUUCCCCUUUUUACAUUUUAGGGUAAGUAGCAGGAAGGGAAAAAAAAAAGUAUAUAUAUAUAUAAACAAAUGCAUUUAUAGGUCGUUUCUAGGCAAAAAAAAACCCCAACCCCACAAUAAUUGUGGAGUUAAUUACCAACCUGUUUCUACCUGUGUGCAGUCUUUUUGCUUUUGUUUGGUUUACUUGACUAGAAAUGGAAACAUGGGAAGGAAAACCACAACAAAACAACAUCAGCCUUUGGCGUUUGAGCUGUAUUCAGAUACUGCAUCUCUGUACUAUGAGUUCUUUUGGUUUGUUUGUAUUGUACAAAGUCACAUAAUAAACAAUGUUGUGAUGGAAGAA